AUGGCGUACUUUUUACCAUCAUUCUUUCAAAAGCGGCUGCUUAAAUAUGCCUUGUCCCGCCUGGGGAUCGUCGAGACGGACGCCUUGGACCCUGAUAACCUAGGGAUCGCCUGGGGCCAACGAAGUACUGUUGAGCUGCGUGAUAUAGGUCUGAAAUUAGAGAAACUAGCGACCCUACUUAACCUACCGACGACAUGCGAACUAGUCAGCGCUCGGGUUCAGCUCCUGAGGAUAACUAUCCCAGCCGACAUCUACAGUAGCGGGAUUAUCUGCGAAGUAAAUGGCGUUCAUGUCCACCUACGAUGUUUGCCAGACGAAGCACCCACAGGGAAACAAGGGAAAUCGAAGUCUUCCUCUGGAUCUGGUACACAUGGGACUACAGAGGGUCAUAUUCUACCGACGCCAUCUGAUCUCGCUGAGUCAUUCCUCGACGCGGAGCCUAAGGAGGAGAAGGAGGAGCUGCAAGCGGCGAUAUCAUCACAAUCUCGUGUGUUACAGCGAAGCUCUUCAUUUUCUGACGAGGAAGAUGAGGAACUCGGACUUGGAAACGAUACACUAUCGCUACCCAGCUUUGUGGAGGGAUUUUUGAAGGGAGUGGUGGAUCGACUACAGCUGAGAAUCAGAGAUGUCUCAGUACGUGUGGACAUGGAGUUGAAGCAAGAUGCACCAUCUAAAAGACAACCCGAAGACAAGCCGGAUCUUGUAUCGGGAAUUCUGACGAUCGGAGAGAUUGAUGUCCAUGACGUUUCUGGCUUUACUGAUACCACAAGCGACUCUUUACCUCUGCGAGAAGGCAAGCGGUUGGUGUUUCUUGCUGACAUCAAUCUCGCUCUUGGGUCCGAUCCGGUAGUAUUUGCGAACUAUUCACGAUUUAUUGCACCUUCGUCCCCCACGACUACCAUGCAGUCGAAAGCAAGCGAAACAUCCAGCAGAGCACCUUCGCCCCCUCCUCUAGACUCCCCUGAUUCAGAAUCAGCACUUGCAAUGACAAGAUCAACCAUAUUCGAGCCACCAUCCGCCUUUGGCAACGAUAGUAUGGUACAAAGUGCAGUGGAGGGGUCAGCGGUAUUAUCUCACGAUGGCCGUUUCUCAGAUGCAGACUCGGAGACGGACAGCCGGUAUGACCGUUAUCUUGAGGACUCUCAAAUUUUUGGAAACGAUCCAUUCCAAGACAACCCCGGAUAUUUGGAUUCGGUGAUUGGUGCUCAAUUUGAUGAUUAUGAUGUUGAGUCACCUCGCAUGCUUCAGUCUGAGACAAGCACAAGAGAGGAAAUAAAUGGACCGACCUACUUCUCGCACCAUCUUUUUAGUGCAAGCGAAGGAGAAGCAAGCCAUGCACCACCCGAAAUGUACCAGUCCUCUGUGCAUUCAACUGAAGUUAAAGAAGAACCACUUUAUGAUUCUACGCCUGAGAAUCAUCCUAAAUUGGAGACAACGCAUUCGGCCCAUUCAGGAGAAUGGUCGGGACGCGAAGAGAAUAUUGUUGGAAGUCGAACUGGCUACGUGGAUAGUGUCUCUCAAAGUUCUGCUUCUUCCUCCGAGGUUGGAAGCGCGGCAUCAGGAUCAGCUACCCCCGAUGAAGGACUGCUCGAGUCCAAGUACUUUUCCCACGAUGAGGCACAAAGUCUAUACAUGAGUGCGAUGAGCCAUGGUGGUGAUAACAGUUUUCUACCAAAUAUGCCGGGUGCAUGGGGCUCGUCACAAUCCGGGCAUCAGUCAAAUCAAAGCUUUUCUCAUCCUUCAGAGAGCAAAAGGACGGAUAAUCUCAAAUCUAGUCAGAAAAUUCAAGAUGAGACAACGAUGUCGACACCAAAAUUGACUGCCCCAUCAGAUUCCUAUUUUGGUGAACAAAGGCCCAUUGGGAAUCCUGUUGGAUCGCAACCUGAAAUUCCGGAUAGGGACUCGGCAACAUCGUCUCCUGCCUUACAUAAGAUGACUUACAUGAGAAAGCCCAUCUUCAACAUUGACAGACUGUUGAUUUGGUUGCCAUCCACGACAGACAAAGAAUCCACUGAUCACACGUCACCUCAAGAAUCUGUCGAAAAAAUGGAUACAGAUUCAAAUGAUCUUGCGUACGGUGUUGAAGAGAGCAUGUUUGCUUCAAAGGCUUAUGCCUCGACCAGGUUCAAGAAAGACCCGACCGAGCAUGCAAUUCCCUCAGAAACGAGUAUUCCUACGCAGGGAGAGAGUUUGGAGGUUGAAGUGUUUUCGAUCACAACUCAUUUUGACAUAGCUACUGGUUGGCUAUUGAUCAAAGUGGGUCAAUUGGCGGCACAAAUGGCGAAUGCCCCGGAAAAUGAAAAGUCCCAAAAGCCAUCUACUACAGCAGAAUCUUCGAAAAAGACGCAAUUGAACUUGGUAGUUCGUGAGAUUUCGAUCAAGUUCCUCGAGCAUCUUCCUGGAUUCCCUCGUUCCUCUGAACAGGCUCCAUCCCCCACACCGCUACCGUACCCCACUGCGGAAGAUGUCAUUCUACAAGUUACCACCGCAGGCUUGGGGUUGAAUCUCACAGCUGAUGAUGAUAAGCGAACCAAAUUACAACUCACUAUAUCAAAAUUCAAAUUCGGUUUCGCUUCUGAAGAUCUAAUAUCGUUCGAUGAAUCCCUACGAAUGCGUGAAUCUAUAAGAGACCUCACGGCAUCUUCCCACCAUGACAUCAGCGUGUCCCUGACAAAGUCGAUGGACUCGGUUAAAGCUGAAAUAUCCACCCUGCCGAUCUACAUUAAUCUCAAUGUGCAGCGAAUAGAAGAGGUGAUAGGAUGGAUGGGGGGUCUAAGUACCAUUCUAGAGCUGGGAAGCUCGAUUUCAUCUGCAUCCACAAUGAAGGGAGGUAAAAAGGCCCCGAAUAAACGACCACGAGGUGUUCACUUCGAGAAGCCCAACACGUCCGCUGAGAAGGAAUCCAAAUCUUCCGUUCCCGUGAAGGUCAACAUGCGAGUUGGUGGAAUUGUGCUGGAUAUCAAGGGAGAGACACAUUACUUGAGUCUCAGUACAACAGCCGUGAAAGUUGUUAGCAGAUUUGAAGGCAUUGGCAUCCAAAUAGACAAGGCAGAGUUGGCUGGCCCACUGCCUCUUGAUCAUAUGUCUGCGGCCCCGGCCAACGUGAAAUUGGACAACAUACGGGUUGAAUUCCUCUUUGCGCCCAAAGAAGUGGACCUCGAACGCCUUUUGACACUCAUCACCCCAUCUCAGGAUAAAUACGAUGAUGGCGACGAUAUCAUUGUGGAUAUGCUUUUGCGGCAAAGACGACAAGGCUCCGUUCUUAGAACCACAGUAGGCGUGAUGGAAACUUCUGUAUUCAGCAUCGAUGGCCUGGCUCCCAUUGCAGCACUUGGAGCCGAACUGAGUCGAUUAUCUACUGUCACCAAAUAUCUACCAGAGGAUGACCGCCCAGGGAUACUUACCCUAACGCUUGUUCGAAAGUUUGAUGUUCAUAUUCAUGUAGGCCAGGGUGUUGGGGAUAUUGACGCUUAUCUAACAAAUUUCGAGGCUGCCUGGAUUAGCAUGCCGCCUCUCAUUGCCACACACAUCAACACCAUCAAAAUUAUGAGGAAUAAAAAGGAAGAGCUUAUGGGCGAAGCUUUACUGCCAGGUAAAGCUGUGGAUGGCAAAGCUAUGCAUGGCAAAGUUCUGGAUGGCAAAGCUGUGGAUAAGGCUCAAGCAGGACCUCCAGUUCUUAUGGCGCGAUUCAUCCCUGAUGAUUUGGAACCGACAUUCAAGAUCAAACUACACCACCUGCGCGUAGAGUAUACCAUACCGUCAAUAAUGGCUUUCCUCGGCCUUGGUCGCGAUACGACAGGGGGGGAUUUGGCCGCAGAAAUGGCGAGUUCCAUAGCCAAUCUUGCCGACUCUACACGAGGUGGAACCGAAGGCCUGGGUCUCUUCGCAACAAGUCCAGAAAGGUCUAAAGCCCCUACCAGACCGAUGAGAAUCGAAGUGUUAUUCAGGGAUUGUGUUCUCGGUCUUAAUCCUAGGAAUUCACCAGCGAAAGGGUUAUUCGUUCUCUCAAAUGCCAAGUUCAGCGGCACUAUGCAUGACCAAGAGUCUUCUGAGGCGCUUUUGGAUAUCAGAAAAGCAUCCCUGAUGAUCAUCGAUGACGUGUCAAAUGUUGGCGAAACCGACAAUCUUCGUCAACGUAGAUCUGCACUCACUCAGAGCAAUCAGGUGUCCGCAUAUAUUGACGAGGGGUAUGUCCCCGUGACUACCAUAUCCUCUGCGACGGCUGUUGUGAAGAUCAUGCAACUGGCUGCAGAUGGCACCAAGUCUCUGGAUGUUGAGUUGAGGGAUGACUUAUUGGUGCUUGAGACCUGUGCUGAUUCUACGCAAACUCUCAUUGCUAUUUUGAACGGGCUCCAGCCUCCCACUCCGCCAAGUGUUACAGCCAAGUAUCGAACAGAGGUCAUGCCGAUUCAAGACAUGCUAGCUUCGUUUACAGGUGACGCCUUCUCGGCUGACGAAGGCAUCUCUGCUCAGCUGCAUAGCGACGUCCCAACUAACCCCGAUGAAUCCAUCUUGGAGGGCCAUCUCAGUGAUGAGCUCGAAUACGUCAGCGAUUUCUAUUCAGGUAACCAGAUGGGAUACGGGAAUGGAAAUAGCGACGAUCCUGAGCUUCUAGGCGCACUGGGUGGCGCCGAUCCUCUCGACUUCCAAUCUCAAUACCAUAUAUCGUCUAGCUUGACCGACAUAAACUUCCAAGAUGACCAUUUUGCCAAGCAGUCCGCCGUUGGUGGUACAGCUCAUCGGUGGGAUUCCACCCACAACACAUACGGUCUAUCCAACGAUCAGAAGCUCCAGGGGAGUCCUCUUCGUGUGAGAGCACGAGAUAUGCAUGUCAUUUGGAAUCUUUUCGAUGGUUAUGACUGGCAAAGAACUCGAGACACCAUUUCCAAGGCCGUAAAAGAUGUUGAAAUCAAGGCCACGGAGCGCCGAGCUCGCGCUACCCGAAUGUCACUAGAGGAUGAAGAAGAACCAGAAUCGGUGAUCGGAGAUUUCUUGUUCAACUCCAUCUAUAUCGGCAUUCCAGCCAAUAAGGACCCUCGUGAACUUCAUCGCGAGAUCAACAGAGAUAUAAACGACCUUGCAAGCGAGACGGGAAGCUAUGCAACAACCACUACCGUCACUGGUGCCAGCAAUCGCCAGGGUCGGCCCACAUCCGAAAGAGAGAAGAAAUUGCGUCUUAACCGAAGCAAGCAGCACAAAAUGACUUUUGAGCUAAAGGGUGUGUCUGCCGAUCUCGUUGUGUUCCCUCCUGGCUCCGAUGAAACACAGAGCUCCUUGGAUGUCAGAGUGCAGGAUUUGGAAAUCUUUGACCAUGUUCCCACUUCGACAUGGAAGAAAUUCGCGACUUACAUGCACGAGGCUGGAGAGAGAGAAAGUGGAAGUAGUAUGGUUCAUCUUGAAAUUCUCACGGUUAGACCUGUCCUAGAACUGGCCGCGUCCGAAAUAGUUCUCAAGGCUACAGUACUACCAAUCCGCUUGAUUGUUGAUCAAGAUGCUUUAGAGUUCAUGAGUCGAUUCUUCGAGUUCCGAGAUGAAUCUGCCGAAGAACCUAGUGCCCCCGGCGACGUGCCAUUCUUGCAGCGAGUAGAAGUCAAUGCGGUACAAGUCAAGUUAGACUUCAAGCCAAAGAGAGUCGACUACGCUGGACUUCGAUCCGGUCGCACGACCGAAUUCAUGAACUUCUUUGUGCUUGAUGGAGCCGACAUGGUCCUCCGACAUGUUAUCAUUUACGGCGUGUCAGGCUUCGACCGACUCGGAGUAACGCUUAAUGAUAUCUGGAUGCCUGACGUCAAAAAUAAUCAGCUACCCGGCGUCCUUGCAGGUCUUGCACCAAUUCGCUCCCUCGUCAAUGUGGGCGGUGGAGUCAGGGAUCUAGUCGUGGUCCCGAUGCGCGAAUAUAGAAAGGAUGGACGUAUCGUUCGAAGUAUCCAGAAGGGAGCACUCUCAUUCGCCAAAACAACAUCAAAUGAGUUGGUUAAGCUAGGUGCCAAACUGGCCAUUGGUACUCAAACUGUUCUACAAGGCGCAGAAGACCUCUUGACUUCUCAUAAUGCCCCCUCCGGCGCUGGAGAUCAGGACCAAGAAGACGAAGAGGAAGCUAAAAAGAUCUCUCUUUACGCGGAUCAACCUAUUGGUGUUGUUCAAGGUCUCCGUGGUGCUUACAGGGGCCUUGAAAGAGACCUUCUCUUAGCUCGUGAUGCAAUUGUUGCUGUACCUGGAGAAGUUGUUGAGAGUGGAAGUGCCAGGGCAGCUGCCAAGGCCGUUUGGAAGCGCGCACCGACUGUUAUCCUUCGACCUGCAAUUGGUGUUUCGAAGGCUGUGGGACAGACACUUCUUGGUGCGGGCAAUACGUUGGACCCAAGUAAUCGACGAAGAAUGGAAGAUAAAUAUAAACAUCACUGA